UAAUGGCCUAUGUGUAUGUGCAGCACUCGGAUACAACCGCAAGAGGGCAGUAUAUGAACACAGCAUUAGCUAAUAGCCUAUAGGGAAGUAUAUAUGCAGCACUCGGAUACAACCACAAGAGGGUAGUAUAUAGAUAGAAAGGAUUAGCUAAUAGUCUAUAGGGAAGUAUAUAUGCAGCACUCGGAUACAACCACAGGAGGGCAGUAUAUAGAGAAAGAAUUAGCUAAUAGCCUAUGGGGAUGUAUAUAUGCAGCACUUGGAUACAACCACAAGAGGGCAGUAUAUACAUAGAAAGGAUUAGCUAAUAGCCUAUGGGGAUGUGUAUGUGAAGCACUCAGAUACAACCACAAGAGGGCAGUAUAUAGAUAACAAGAAUUAGCUGCUGGAGUAUAUGGAUGUAUAUAUGCAGUGCUCAGUGUAGAUGCAGUUUCCUAUUUCUAUGGUACCAUCAUGGCAAGCGUAGUAUUUCUUCUGGUCUUCCAUCUGACUGAUUCAAUUUAAAUGAGUAAAUCAUUUAAAUACAAGUGCACUGUUCAGGCUCCACUAUGCCAAAAAUGGCAGAUUCUGGUGGUGAUGUUUUCGUGAGGUUUCUCCCUGCUUCUGUAUGCGACCUGUCAAGAACACCUGUGUCCCAGAUGCUGCCUAAACCAAGAGCGGCUUCCUCUGUUUAGAGCAGGAUUCUGUCUUGAGCAUUUGUGGAAGAAGAAGGCAUUUAAUGCUGUACCUUAGGAAAAGGCAUUUGCAAUCUGUCUUUCAGAAUCUUUACUGUGCCAUAGGAUCUCCUAUGAAAUGCCCUUCAUUACAUCCUUUUAAAAAAACUACUGAAGAAGACCAAAAAGAGUGAAAAUAUUCCGAAAAACUCGACCAAGAAGCCCCUGAGACGCAAGUUGCAGCAUCAUGAAUGUAGACGAUGAUGCAAAAUGGCUGGAGUGGGUGGCCCAGCAGUUUGAAAGUAUCGCCGGCAAGGAUAAAGAAAUUGAUUUGGAAGAGUUCAAAACAGCUCUCAACGUGAAGGAGUCCUUUUUUGCCGAGCGGUUCUUUGCUUUGUUCGACUCGGACGGAAGCGGCACCAUCAGCCUGGAUGAGCUGCUCGAGGCCCUGAAGCUGCUGAUCCACGGAAGCGAAGCAGACAAGCUCCGGUUCCUCUUCCAUGUUUAUGACGUGGAUGGCAGUGGAUCUAUCGAACGUGGAGAGCUGCGCACGGUCUUGAAAUCAUGCCUGAAAGAAAGUUCGAUUUCUUUGCCGGAAAAGACGCUGGAUGACCUCACGGGAGCCCUCUUUGAGUCGGCUGACUCUGACUGCAGCGGAGCCAUAACCUUUGAGGAGCUCCGAGCGGAGCUGGAACAUUUCCCCGAAGUCAUGGAGAACUUAACCAUCAGUGCCGCAAGCUGGUUAAAGCCCCCCAUGACUCCCCCAAAGGACCACCCACCGCGCUACCUGAGUCCGGCCUAUUGGCACAACAAUGGGAGCAAACUGCUUUUCCUGGGCAGCUACCUGGCAGUGAACAUCCUCCUGUUCACUUUGGCAGCAUUGAAGCAUCUUGGCUCCGGCGCCUGGAUCAUGCUGGCGAAAGGCUGUGGGCAGUGCCUGAACCUCAACUGUACCUUCCUAGUGGUGGUGAUGUUGCGCCGGUGCCUGACCUGGUUGCGGGCCACUUGGGCGGCCAAAGUCCUUCCGCUUGACCAGAGCGUCCUUCUCCAUCGGCUGAUCGGCUGCUCCGUGGCCGCUCUGAGCGUCCUUCACACAGGGGCUCACGUGGCCAACUUUGUGAGGCUGUCUCAGACCAACGACACCUUCUACCUCUGGGAAUACCUCUUCACCACGCGGACCGGGAUUGGCUGGGUUUACGGAACGGCUUCCGUCACCGGCCUGGCUCUGCAGCUCCUCAUUGGCCUCAUGUCCGUGUGCUCCAGCACUUUUGUCCGUAAGAGUGGCCACUUUGAGGUCUUCUACUGGACCCAUCUCUCCUACGUCUUCAUCUGGACCUUGUUAAUUAUCCAUGGACCCAAUUUCUGGAAGUGGUUUGUUGUGCCUGGAUUUCUGUUCCUCGUAGAGAAGAUCUUUGGGGUGUUCUUGUCCCGCACUAGGAGGCUCUACAUUGUGGAAAUCAACCUUUUGCCCUCAAAGGUGACCCACUUGGUGAUCCAGAGACCCCCGUUUUUCCACUACAAGCCCGGAGACUAUGUGUACCUAAAUAUCCCAGCUAUAGCCAAGUACGAAUGGCACCCAUUCACCAUCAGCAGUGCCCCGGAGCAACCAGGGACUAUUUGGCUCCAUAUUCGGUCUCUGGGACAAUGGACCAACCAAUUGUAUGAAUACUUCUGGCACCAAGGUGACCUUCGUGACUGUGAACCCGACACAAAGCAACAGAAGAAAACCAGCUCCGAGAAAUGGAAGUGCCUCUUUGGCUCCUCUGAUGUGGAGCAGCCUGUGGUCAGAAGCGAGGAUGAGAUGGUGGAGAUCUUAUCCUACAGGACCAUUGGCUCUCCCAAUGGAAGGACUGCAAAUGAGGAGGUUUCUGGAAAGGCUUGCGAGAAUCAGAGACUCUGUCACAUCAAGUGUUACAUUGACGGUCCUUAUGGCACUCCCACGCGGAGGAUCUUCACCUCGGAGCACGCGGUGUUGAUCGGCGCAGGGAUCGGAAUCACUCCUUUUGCCUCUAUCUUGCAAAGCAUCAUGUUCAGGCACCAUAUGCAGAAGCAGACUUCCCGCAGCCAGGACCUCACAUUGAAUGAGAACCUUAAAAACGACAACAUGAAACUUCAAAAGGUGGACUUUAUCUGGAUUAACCGAGACCAAACAUCCUUUGAGUGGUUUGUCAGCCUCCUGAUGCAACUGGAAGGCAGCCAGGCUGAUGAAGACCCCAGCGACCGCUUCCUGGAGAUGCACCUCUACAUGACCUCGGCCCUCAACAGGAAUGACAUGAAGGCCAUUGGCUUGCAGGUGGCCUUAGACCUGCUUGCUGAAAAGGAGAAGAAGGACUCCAUCACAGGCCUCAAGACAAGGACCCAGCCUGGACGCCCAAACUGGAACAAGCUUUUCCAGAAACUGGCCAAAGACAACAAAGGGAAGGUCCAUGUCUUCUUCUGCGGCUCUCCGGCUCUGGCCAAAGUCAUCAAAGGCCACUGUGAGCAGUUCGGCUUCAGGUUCUUCAAAGAGAACUUCUGAAGGUUGGAUUCUCCAUGUCUCCAUCCCUGCUGGGUUGGGAAGCCCCAUCUUCUCCGUCCGGACUCCUUCCUUGGAGAGCUUUCACUAUGAGAGGCAUCCAGAAACACCUUUUGUUUCGUCUUCUCUAGUUUGUAGGAGCUCCUCAGAGCUCUUCAGAGGCACCGCCGGGUCCCCAAGCUAGUUCUCAAUAAAUUUAUUUAUUUAUUUAUUAGCUACAUUUAUAUGCCGCCCUUCUCACCCCGAAGGGGACUCAGAGCGGCUUACAAAUUAAAUUUACAUACAAUAUUAUCUUAGCAUAGUACAAUACUGGUAAUAAAAUUACUAUAUUGUACUGUAUCAAUAUAUUGUAAUAUUAUUAGUAAUAUUACAUGUAAAAUAUAAUAGAUAAUGAAUAUUAUAUUGUAUUAUUAGUAUUAUAUCGUAUUGCAAAUAAAAUAAAAUAAAAUAAAAUGGAAAAAAAUUAUUGGAACAU